ACUUGAGGGCGCCAUGGGAAGUAAACACGUGUUAAAAAAAAAAAAACAUGUGGUAUAUAUAUAUAUACUGUAUGUAGUUGCAGCUGAAUGUAGUCAUCCUUGGAGUAGGUAGGUGGUUAGUAGAUCGGUAGAUAGUGUCGGAUGUGCGAGAAAUAUGGGAUGUUUUCGAUCGCUUCAAGCUUUACUGUGGAAAAGUUGGAUUAUACAUCGCAGGCAUUUUAUCUGGACUAUUAUUGAACUUAUAUUACCAUUACUUUGUUCUUUUACGUUAGUUUAUAUAGCAUCAAAAAUUUCAUUUACACCACAAAAUCACGAUAGUGAUCACAAGGAUGUCACCGUUUAUAAUGGAUAUAACUUGAAAAAACAUCUGUUUUUCCCAAGUGGGGAAUUUCUGUAUACACCAAAUGACAAUAAUGUCAGUGAACUGUUGCAGUACGCUUUAAGAAAUGGAUUCUAUUAUAAAAUAAAGUUAAGAGGAUUUAAUUCUGAAGAAGAUAUGGAAGCCUAUGCAAAAGUUAAUGAAAGAAUAUUAGGAGCAACAGUGUUUGAAGAAUAUGAUAAAGAAUCACCUCUUUUUAAAUAUAAAUUGAGGUUGCCAAAUAAAUUUACAUUUGAAACAGAUAAAACUUACUAUAUCAGCUCUCAGUCAGGACCUCGACUACAUAAAGAUUAUUAUGGUGGUUAUGCAAUGUCAACAUACCUUAAAUCAAACUUUCUUAGUAUUCAAGCUUCAAUUGAUUUGGCUUAUAUUGAUUCAUUUCAAAAUAUUUCUAAGGAUAUUAAUUUAUAUACUCGAUGUAUGUUAUACCCUCCAUAUGAAGAAAAAGGAAGAGUUUUUACUAUUAGUGACCUUAUUCCUCAGAUGUUAGUGUAUGGAUUCAUUGUUUUUAUUCCAUUAAUGGUAAAAAGAAUUGUAGAUGAGAAAGCUAAUAGAGCAAAGGAGAUGAUGAAACUGAUGGGAAUGAGUAAUUUCACAUAUUGGGGGAGUGUGUUCCUAGUCAACUUUAUAUUUAUGGCAGUUAUAUCAUUACUAGUUACCAUGCUUUAUUCAAUCGAAUUUGUGUCGGGAAGAUCAGUAAUUGCAAAUACUUCUGUUAGUUUAUUCUUUAUAUUCCUUCUUUUUUAUAGUGCUGCAGCAAUUAUAUUUUGUCUUGUGAUAACCACUGUUUGUAACAAAGCUUCAAUAUCUGUAAUACUAUCUAUCAUUAUCUGGGCAAUCAGCUUUAGUGUUCCAAGUUUUCUUAUAACUCCAAUUGGAAAAUAUGAUUAUUUUUACACUCUCUCUCUUUCUGAAAAGUUAUUAUCUUGUCUUCUACCAAAUAUGGCACUUCAGUGGGGAAUUAAAAUAAUAUCACUAUAUAAUGCUUACAAUUCUGGUUUGCAUUGGGACAAGCUAUUUAGUUCACCAUUAAAAGGGGGAGAUGGAUUUUGUUUUGCACAUGUAAUUUGUAUGAUGAUUGUAUGUUGCCUUUUCUAUAGUAUUUUACUUUGGUACUUGGAUUCCGUUUGGCCAUGGCAACCAGGAGUACCCAAACCUUUUUACUUUUGUUUUUGUCCAUCCUAUUGGUGUUCUUCGUAUCAAAAAUUAGAGGUGGAUGAUUCAGAAUGUUUUAGGUCAAGUUAUUUUGAAGAAGAGCCUAGAAAUUUUUCUCCAACAGUUGUGAUAUCUCAUCUAUCAAAGAAAUUCAAAUCUGGAAUGGUUGAAAAGAUUGCAGUUAAUGACAUGUCUUUGAACUUGUACCAUGGUCAAAUAACAGCAUUAUUAGGUCAUAAUGGAGCAGGAAAAACUACAACUAUGAGUAUUCUUACAGGAAUGUUUCCACCAAGCUCAGGUUAUGUUACAAUAAAUAAUUAUGACAUAGUUACUAGCACUACUGAAGCUCGAAGAAGUGUUGGCCUUUGCCCUCAACAUAAUGUUUUAUAUGAUUCUCUUACUGUUGAAGAACAUUUGAAAUUUUUUGGUCUUCUCAAAAAUAUGUCAUGGUCUGAUGCAAAGACUGAAGCAACUAAAAUAUUGAAUAUUCUUCAUCUUAAAGAUAAAAGGAAUUGCCUAGCAAAAGACUUAUCAGGAGGGAUGAAACGUAAAUUAUCACUUGGAAUUGCCAUUAUAGGAAAAUCUAAAGUUCUGAUAUUGGAUGAACCGACUUCAGGUAUGGAUCCAGAAGCAAGACGAUUGAUUUGGGAUUUACUGCUAGAGAUCAGACAAACUUGCACUAUACUUUUGAGUACUCAUUACAUGGAAGAAGCAGAUGCCCUUGGUGAUCGUAUUGCAAUUAUGGCGGAGGGAUCUUUAAAAUGUUGCGGAUCGUCAAUAUUUUUAAAAAGAAAAUUUGGUACAGGAUAUCAUCUUCAUAUUUCUAAAGGAAGUUCUUGUAAUGUAGAUGAAGUAACUAACAUAAUACAGAGUCAUAUACCCGAGGCCUCAGUACUUAGCAAUUUAAAUCAGGAGUUAAUUUAUUCAUUAUCUUCCCAACCAGAAUUAUUUGUUGCACUCUUUGAAAAAUUAGAAAAUUCAUUUUUGCAGUUAGGAAUUUUAUCCUGUGGAGUAUCUGUCACAACAAUGGAAGAUGUAUUUCUCAAAGUUGGAAAAAUAUCGCAAAAUAAUUGUGAAGAAAUGCUGAAUAAUGAUGAAUCUGAAUCAUUUGUCCAUCUUGACAAGAAUAAAGAUAUCAAAUUGUUAUGUUCUUCUAAAUCAACUGGCUUGAAGUUACUGAUACAGCAAAUGAAAAGCAUUAUUAUAAAAAGAUUUCAUUAUGCAAAACGUGACUGGAUAAUAAUUAUAUUUCAAUUAGCCAUUCCCAUAAUUCUUUUCUCAUUUAUGAUAUGGUUGGAUUCAACAUUUUAUGUUAAAAAAAAUGAAAAUGCUCUGGACCUGAAUCUGGAAGAGCUCUAUUCAAAAACAAAUGCAUUUUAUAAGAUUAACACAGAAAUUGAAAAUAAUUCUUUAACAAACAUUUAUAAAAAUAUAUUGGAAUCGGAAGAUGCAACAGUUUUCAAAACAGAUAAUGUUUUUGAAUAUCAGUUAAAUCAGAGUAAACAUUAUAAAUCUUAUACAGAAAACGAUCUCGUUGGUGCAACAUUGGAACAAAAUAAUAGCUCUGUAAAUAUAACUUCUUGGUUCAAUGGCGUUCCAUAUCAUUUAGAUCCAAUAUCAUUAAAUUUAGUAACUUCUUCCAUUUUAAGGUACGCCACCAACAACAAUCAGUCAAAUAUUCAAAUUAUUAAUCAUCCACUUCCCGGAUCAUUGGCAAAUUCACAUGAUGUACUUUUCACUCAGUUUAAAAGCACACUUCUGUACGUUAUUUUUACGUGUCUAGCCUUGACUUUUCUAUCUUCAAGUUUUGUAUUAUUUGUAAUUCAUGAAAGAAUAACAAAAGCUAAACUAUUACAAAGAAUGUGUGGAUUGAAUGGCUGUUUAUACUGGUUUACGAAUUUUAUAUGGGAUUAUUUACUUUAUAUUCUGUGCAGUUUUAUAUUGAUCAUUCCUUUUUUGGUAUAUUCUUCAACCAGUAAAGUGAUAGAAGUGGAAUCAAUAGGUGCAAUAUUUUUAGUAUUUGUAUUACAUGGAUGGGCGAUACUUCCUCUAGUUUAUAUUCUUUCUUUUCUUCCAAAACAACCGUCAACAGGAUUUGCAUUAUUAGUUGUUUUUUGUAUUUUAACUGGAAUGAUACUAGGAAUAAUUUUGAUUGUACUUGUUAAUACACAAGUUAUGUCAGCUGAAGAUUUAGACACGACCUUGUGGGUGACUCGUUUAUUUCCUAACUUUGCUGCAACCUGGUCAAUAAGUGGAAUCCAUAAUAUUAGCGUUUAUAAUACGAUGUGUGAUCAACUUGACAGUGUUAUGUUGAAGUUUGUGUGUGAAAGCCCAUCCAGGAUUGAUCUACUUCAAUGUUGUCAAAGUGACAUUUGUAAAGACAAAUGCCAUAAAAGAGUGAGUUAUUUAUCAUGGGAAGCGACGACUGGUAAAGACUUGAUGUUUCUGGCUAUUGACGGAUUGCUAUACUUCUCUAUUUUGAUAUUUAUUGAAACAUUUUUGCCAAAAUUAUGGUAUAAAUUUACUAAAGUAUUAAAACAAAAAUAUAAACCAAGGAUGAGAAAUAUAAUUGUUCCUGCUAACGAAGAUAGCGAUGUAUUGAGUGAACGAAAUAGAAUAAAUAUUCUUCAAAAAUCGCAACUUACAGAAGAAGCAAUGAUAGUAACAAAUUUAACAAAGAACUUCAAAUCAUUUUGUGCUGUUAAUAACUUAACAUUUUCUGUACACAAAGAAGAAUGCUUUGGAUUAUUAGGAAUAAAUGGUGCUGGAAAAACGACUACAUUUAGAAUGUUAACUGGUGAUUUGAUGCCAUCGGAAGGCAAUGCAUAUAUUGAUGAUUAUAAUAUUAAAGAAAAUAUAGAAAAGUUUCAAAAGGCACUCGGAUAUUGUCCACAAUUUGAUGCUCUGAUUAAUCGUCUAACGGGACGAGAGAUGCUGGUGUUGUUUGCAAACUUGAGAGGAAUUCAUAAAAACAAUGUUGAUCUUCUAGUUAAUAGAAUAAUUGAGAUGUGUGAUCUUGAAAAACAUGCCAAUAAAGUUACAGAAACUUAUAGUGGUGGCACAAAACGUAAAUUAUCUCUGGGAUUAGCCCUCAUCGGCCUGCCAUCCAUUAUUCUUCUCGAUGAACCGACUUCGGGACUUGAUCCAAUAUCACGUCGCAAGAUAUGGAAAACACUCAUUAUAAUGAGACAACUGUUAGACGUAUCGUUUGUCCUAACCUCACAUGGUAUGGAUGAAUGUGAAGCUUUAUGCAACAGGAUUGCAAUUAUGGUAAAUGGCCAGUUUCGUUGUCUGGGUGCGAUGCAACAUCUCAGAGCAAAGUACGGACAAGGAUUUACACUUAUUGUCAAAGUAAAACGAUCAUCAUCUGAAGAAAGAAUUGUAAAUGUAAAAAGAUUUAUUGAAAGUUCGUUUCCAAGUGCUGUGCUUAAGGAUGCACAUCAGGACAUUUUACAUUAUCAUGUGACUGAUCCAGCAAUUAAAUGGAGCAAGAUGUUUUCUCUAAUGGAAAAUGCCAAAGAAGAAUUUCAGUUGGAAGACUACCUCAUCAGCGGCACUACACUGGAACAAAUCUUUUUAGCUUUUGCAAAAGCACAGAUAGAAAAUUGUUAAAUUUGUUUUUUCGAAAUAUAUAUUUUUAUACGAACUAUAUCAAAUCCCAUCACGGUUCCAUUUUUAUAUAUAUUAAUUGUUAUCCAUUUUUAAGACUUUUUUACUAAAUUAAGAGGGUAAAUUAUUUUAAUAUUGUUUCGAAGAUGUUCCUGUUUGCCAUUUGUGUCCAUUAAAAAAGAAUUCUAGUCAUUUGCAAUAUAAUGCAUUGUUGACUUGAUGAUAGAAAUUUUAUUAAAUAUUACGCUUUGAUUAGAUAAAAUAUAUAAUUGUCUGUUACUUAAAUGAUGUAUAUAAAUAAGCUUAAAAAUCAUAGAAUUUGCUCAAAAUCAAAUUUUGAAAAUCUAAUAAUCAAAAUAUCUAUUUUGUCAUAUCCCUGUUACACUAUGAAGAAAGACAUUUAACGAUAUUAA